CAGCAGGAUUGCUCUUUUGCGGAUGUCGCGCUAAUAGUGUGUCUACUGCUACUGAACUUGCUCCAGCUAACGCUUUGCUGAGCAAAAUUCAUUUUCUUACGUCGGGGGAGAAGGAAGCCACGCGGAUGUUUGUCCAAGUGUGCGUUCUGGCUGGUUGCGACUUCAUCGACUCGCUUCCAAACGUGGGCUUUGCAACGGCAGUGAAGCACAUCUUCAACUUCCGCGGUGCACCUGCACACUUGCGCGUCCAGCGGCUAGUGAGCAAGCUGUCAAGCUCGGGCACAAAAAUCCCCAGCGACUUCAUGCAGCAGUUUCUGAAGGCUGAAACAAUCUUCUUCCACCACAUCGUCUUCAACCCCAAGAAGCGCAGUUGCGAGUUCCUCAUCAGCGAAAAGCACAACAACAGCUUCCCCGACAUCCUCGAGCGCGCAAAGGAAUCGCUGGGCAUCGCGUCACCUGGAGACAAAGACGAAGUGGAUCUGACGUCCAUCGCCCAACAGCAAGACCUGCACGCAGCUGCGACCUCCACGAAGAGCUUCCUUGGGCAAAUUCGCUCGCGUGAGGUCGUGGAGCAGAUUUAUCAAGGUGAAGUGUGUCCUCGAACACUCCGCAACCUCUCGAAGAGUCCUACAAGCUCGCAAACGGUCCAAUACUCUGGCGGGUAUCGAUCAAGUCAACGAGUGGUCAAUCACGCGGCCGAGUUGCCAACUCUUGAUGGAGAUGGUGGACGCAACGGCGACUCCGACGAAGACCAGCAGGGUCUGUCCCCGACGGCGACUCGGCAAGCAGUCAAGAAGUCUGCACCAGUUAUGACCGCGCAGCAACUUGAGAACAAGAAGCGCGCACAGGCGCAGGAGCGGGAAUCAUCGAUUCAGAACUUGGUCAACAUCUACAGGAAAAAUGCACCGCCAACUGCUCCUUCGACCAACGGCGAGCAGCGAUGGAUGACGUUGGCAACCCGCACCAGAGCUGCUGAAGGCACGGCCCCCUCAAGUGCCGAUGCGUCUUCAUCUUCAGCGCACAUCCUGUCAUCCACAACGACAGCGGUCAAGGUGUCGAAAGUUACCGCUACCUCGAUGAAAGACCUCGUCAUGAAGCACUCGCAGUCGGUUCAAGCGUCAAAGUCGCCCGAGGUGCAGGCGGCACCAACGAAGACUGUACCGCAAAGCGCCCCCGAGUCUAGAAAGAGGUCACGACCGGCUGCAAAGCCUGCCGCCAACAGUGCACGAAAGGCUCGGACACUCACGUCCAAGUCGGGUCCCAGCAGCGGUAGGAAAACUCUGCUGGACUUCUUCAAGCAAGGGUGACGGUGAACCUGUAGACAGAACCUGAAGGUAGUGUCGAUGAAUUAACGCAAAUGCACGAGUACUCACGCAUACAAACGCUUCAUGUUGUCCCCAUGCUUCCCUUC